AUGAGUAAGACAUUCACGGGGGAUAAACGAGAAAGCUUAAAUGCGGUGGAAAGCGAAAAUAUUAAAACAGACUCUUUAGAAGAAAUAAAAUCGAAAAUUAUAAACGAGGACAAGGUCUGCAGAGAUAUUGAUAAUAAGAAGAAAAUGAUAUCCAAGAAUAUUCAAGUUGACUUCAAAGAAGAGUUACCUGAUGGUGGAAUAGUUUUCGAUUUAAAAUAUGAAAUGUACUGGCAAGAACUUGCUGAAUCUAAACGUCUUGAACUAGAAGAAGCUUUAGAGGAGAAUGAAAGACUGUGUAAGCUCAAGGAGACGCUAAUAAAAGAAAAUAUUCAUUACCAAAAAUUACUUGAAGAAGCCAGCAGCUUUGUGGAAGUUUUAAAAGAAGUGGUUCAAGAAUCUUCCGAUGAUACUGGAAUUGAUGUUAGAGAUGUCAAUGACUCUCAUGAUGAG